GCACGUGCGUGCGCGUGCGUGCGUGCGUGCAUGUGUGCGCGCGCAGCCCCUGAUGCGCGUGCGCACAGAGCGGUGCGCGCGAGCCCCGCGCUGCGCCGUGACGUGACGUGGCGGCGGCGGCGAGAUGCGGCGGGCGGCGGCGCUGCUGCUGCUGCUGCUGCUGCUGGCGGCGGCCGUAGCGGCGGCGGCGGAGGGGGAUGGCGGCUCUCCGCCCUUCCAGCUCGACUGGGCGAAGCUGCGGGGCCUGGCCCGGGGCAAGGUGGAGACCUGCGGGGGAUGACGGCUGAACCGCCUGCGGGAGGUGAAGGCCUUCGUCACCGAGGACAUCCCGCUGUACCACAACCUGGAGAUGAAGCACCUGCCCGGCGCCGACCCCGAGCUCGUGCUGCUCAGCUACAGAUACGCGGAGCUGGAGAGAAUCCCCCUGAGCGACAUGACGCGGGAGGAGAUCAACCGGCUGGUGCAGGAGCUGGGCUUCUACCGCAAGGAGGCGCCCGACGCCCCCGUGCCUGAGCAGUUCCAGUUCGCCCCUGCCAAGCCUCUGCCCACCCUGCCGCUGCCCAAAGCUCGCGCGGCCGAGAGCGAGACCCCCUCCGAGCCUGACAACGGAGAGCACCCAGACCUCUAGGGAGCAGCGUGAGGGGCGCCAUGCUCAGGAUGCGUGCAGGGGGCAGAGGGGCGAGGAGCCGGUCCCCAGUGCGGCAGGAUGAGGCCGUUAGACUGGCUGCCUCUCCUCGCGGGGCUGGGCGUGGUGCCAAGGGCUGACCGGGAAGCAGAGAUGUCUCCUAGCUGCCUCCCACCGUCGCUUGGUGCUACGUAGCCUCUGCUACGGGGGUGCCCGGAGCAGCUCCUGCCUUGAGCAGAGGCUCCCUGCGCACUGCGGACCAGGGGGGUCUGUGUGCCUAUCGGUACUCUCCCUCACCUGCAGCCCAGUGGCCGCAGCCAUGCUGGCGUGGCUAAUGAGGAGAGGGGGUUCUUUUUGCCCCCUCCAUUACUGUGCCACAGGUUACAGUCAACACCUAAGAGUGGGCAGCAGUAUCCUACCUGCCUGGGACAGGAUGAAACCCUCAGCAGAAAGCCCUGGCUGCUGGGAGUAGAUGUGCUGUGUCCUGGAGGGUGGGAGAGCUGCCUCCUGGGAGGGUAUGGCUUUACAUCACCGUCCUCACGGCCUCAGCCGGCCCACAGUAAAGCCCUUACACCCA